AUGCCUGUCGUGAACAUCCCCAUCAAGAUCCUCGGACAGACACACUCGCACAGUCGAAGCAACUCAUCAUCUUCCGCUGACAACGAUCGUCAGCAAGCUCCGCCUCCUCAACAAACCCCUCAACCUUCUCAACAAGUACCAACGGUUAACACCAGCAACAUGCAUAAUAACGGAUUCUCGUCAAGCUUCCCGUCUCGCAGCCCGAUUCCGGACUUCCCAAGUCCAUUCUCAUCAGGGUUCCCGAAUGAUCCAGAAUGGUCAAACUUCCCGUCCUUCCCAAAUUUUACGAGUGGAUUUUCCAACAACCACUCCAACUUCCCAGAAUUCCCUAGAUUCGGAAGAGAUGGAGGACUAUCUCCAAAUCCACAACAGAUGUCGGGAAGAUUCACAAGAAGUCCAACACCUCAGUCACCGAACGGCACGAUGCGCCGUCCCCCGAGUUCUCAACAGACUCAGCAUGCUCCACCACAUCCAGCUCAGCAACAAUUUCAGCCACGUCAAACCACUCCGCCAUCCACUACCACCACAGCUAAACCAACCUCUCGUCCACCAUCGCGUACUCGUGAGCCAAAAGAGAACGAGGUGCCAGAGAGACCAGCGGUGAUCCCAUUGCCGUAUGAGGGUAAAUUGGAAAGGAACGGAAGUCGUGAUUCAGGAAAAUCCGAUGAGAACAACAUCGAGGGAAACAUCGCCAAGAUCACAUUGGGCAAGAAUAAUUACGAGUUGUGUCAAGAACGCGAGACGGACGGAGAUCCAUCUCCACUGACAUCUCCAAUCACCGAGGGAAAGCCGAAGAAGGGAAAGAAACUUCAACGUAACCAGAGUGUUGUGGACUUCAAUGCGAAGACUAUUGUGACUUUGGACAAGAUUGAGAUCCAGGUUGAGCAGUUGAGAAAGAAAGCAGCUGAACUUGAGAUGGAAAAGGAGCAGAUUCUUCGUUCUCUCUGUGAAAUCAGUGUCCACAACUGCAUGUUCAAGUUGGAAGAGUGUGAUCGUGAGGAGAUCGCAGCGAUCACCGAUCGAUUGACAAAACGUACAAAGACGGUUCAAGUCGUUGUGGAGACACCGAGAAACGAGGAGCAGAAGAAGGCGUUGGAGGAUGCGAGCGCGAUGAUUCAAGACGUUGGAGGGCUGAUUCAGCAGGAUAUUGAGAAGGCGAAAUUGUGCCUCCAAACCUACCUCAACGCGUGCUCUUCCGAAGAAACCGUCGGCUCCACUUGCCAAAAUUUCCUGAACAUCAUCGUCCAAUGCGCCGUCGAUGACCAAAAACGUAUCAAACGUCGUCUGGAGAAUCUGAUGUCUCAAAUCGAGAACGCGGAGAAGACCAAAGCCGAUUUGAUGGACGAGGAAAGCGAGUAG